GGGCUCCCCAGCCUCUGACAAGUGACAUCGCUUCACAACCCUGCCCAACACGAAAAGGAAAGGCCAGCUAAGAUGAAAACAAAGGCGAGCCACAAGCGAAAGGAAAACACACCACAACCAACACCAGGGCAUUAGACGGAAAAGACACUCGCGCACCAGGGGAAACUUCAGCUGCAGAAAAGAGGCACCACAGCUCGCCCUGCAGGCAACAGGGAAACCCUAACACACCUCCCGCCACAGCUGCUGCCCGCAAGGGCUCUGCCCCACCGCUUUCGCAUCCCCCCCUCAACCACUACAGCCAACCUCCCCACAACACACCACCAGCAAAGCACCGCCACCCCCCUCCCCACGCGCGGGGACACCCCAACAACGCACUUCCCCAAGACCACCACAGCCACCAGGCAAAAAUGAAAACGACAGCCGGAAACUCGCUGCGACCAGAAAGCGAGGAAGCCGAAGCCGCGGCACCCCAUAAAGCCCCACACCCGGCAGCACCCCAAGCACAGCGCCCACCCGCACCACCACCGAGCCUCACCAGCCUCCUGCCCACCACCACACACCAUGCCUGCGCCCGCAACCCACCACACCCGCCUGCGCCACGGCGCCCCGACGCUCCUGCUCCUCCUGACGGCUCUCGCCACCACCCUCGCCUGCCGCCACCUGCCUCCCUGCCACUCCACCUUCCCCUGGGACAGCCUCAGCAUCCUCCGGGACAUGGCUCCCAGACCGCCACAGCCCUGCCAACACCAACAGGCGCCCUUCCCCUUCCCCGACACCCUCCUCCACAACAGCCACCCACAGCAAGCCGCCGCCACCGCCCGACACAUCCUCGACAACCUCUUCGCCACCCUCAGCGCACAGAGCACCCCCCAACACUGGGACGACCAGGCACGCCAUCGCCUCCUCAACAACCUCCACCGCCACAGCCAGCAGCUCCAGCAAUGCCUCGCACCCAACGGCACGCUCUCCCAAGGACAAGGGCCCCGCAACCGCACGCUCACCAUCAACAAAUACUUCGGGCGCAUCCACAACUUCCUCCACACCCACAACCACAGCGCCUGCGCCUGGGACCACGUCCGCCUCGAAGUUCGCGCCUCUUUCCAGCGCCUCCACAACCUCACCCGCACCAUGUGCAAUUAGACCAACCGCCCCGACCAACCCGCGCGCACCCACGCGCCCCCGCCACCACUUCUCCAACACCGACGCGGCCCCACCGCGGGCCUCCCGCCUCCCCUCACCCGUGCCAAGAGCCGCUGCAACAACGGCCCUGCGCCCUCAGCCUCCACUGACCCCCUCCCCUAUUUAUACAACUCCCUCUAUUUAUUUUCACAAUGCCUUUUAUCUAUUUAUUCACCUAUUUAUUCCACAGACAAUAAAGACCUGUUGCAAAAACCGUGACACUGCCUCGCCUCUCACAAGCACAGCCACCAGCCUUUGGCGUGGCGGGAAGCCACCUCCACUCAACACCUACUCCGCUCAACCCCUGCUCCAAACAGGGCUCCGCACAUCCCGCGCCCGCUCUUCUCUUUGCCGCCUCCCCAAGGAGCCGCUGGCCUCAACCUCCUGCCAAAACCUCCGCGCCAGCCUUUAGCCAUCGUCAUCACCAUCGGCUCGGCGGCCCUCCCCCUCCUCAACACUGUCCACCUUCCACCCCGCUUCACAUCAACUCACCAUCAGAUC